UCCAAAAUGGUGAAUGCCAUUUGUUUUUGGUCUCUAUAGAUCCUUCUAGUGGAAGAUGAUGCGACCAUAAGAAAGAUUGCUGCAGCUGCUGAUUGGCUCUUGCAGUGUCUUUCCCAAGUAGGAGCUGCAGCAGACAUAUCAUCCUUAUUGAAAGCAUUUCAAGUAUACUCAAAGGCAAUGCCGCUUCUUCACAACUUGGUGGUGGAAAGAAUUCAGGAUCUGCGUGACAACAAACAACAGGAGCAUUUGAGGGCUUCUCUAGAAACCCUGAAGAAAUGUGUUUCCAUGCUGCACACUGCCAUGUACACGACCAUCAAACAUCCACACAGUGAGGAGGCACAGAGUGCAAAGCAAUACAUCUUAAACCAGGUGGACUCAACUGUAAAUGACAUCAUAACCACACUCAAGAGCAACUGUGAACCAGCUGCCAGGGGUUCAUGUGGAUAUUACACUGUAAUACGAAACAAAUUACUAAGACUGCUUUCUGAUCCUGCUUCUGUUAAAGAUGGUGGUUUUGACGUUAUGUUUCGUGACCUAGUGUUCCACAGCAUGGCGGUAGCAAAAACUUCUCAUAGGGAUAUUCAGUUUGAAGUUGCUGCACACUCCAAGCAAGUCCUUCAGCUCUGGUCAGAGAUGUCACAACAAAUGAAAUGCUGUGUUGAUCAACAGCUUGAAAACACAUGUGCUGCUCUAUUGCAGCAAAUCCACAAACUUGACGAUGAUGUGGUCAAGGCCACCCAGUUGCGAGUAAUGGACAUAUUUGUCACUACUUCAACUCCCUUGGAACAGUUGGCGUACACCGUGAGCUGCAUCUUCCAGGAUGAGCAAGAUGAAGAUAAGUUGCAUCUGGAAACACUUCGGGCUCAAUCUGAAAACUUCAUGGCUCAUGCUGACAAGAUAUCAGAAGUGGCUGGCUUCAUCUCAGCUUUAGCGUGUGAUGAAAAGAGUCUUGAGGGUGUAGAGAACUCAAGGGGAUGCAUCAUGAGGCUGAAACAAGCAAUUUGUGUACUUAUGCAAAAUCUAGAGGAAAACGAGGUGCAUUCAAGUGAAGCUCUGGAAAAACUAAAAGAGAUGCAACAGAGAUGGUCAGAGGAGAUGGAGCAGCUCUUGCAUGCAUGUAGUAGCAUCAUAAACGUGAAGGACUUUGUCUGUCUUGCUCUUAAGGAGAUGCAGAGCAACUGGAUUGAGUUUGUUGAGGCACAUAAAGAUGAAGAUGCACACUUUCUCACAAAACAGGCAAGCUUGCUCAUUGGCCACAUGAGCUUGGUAAUCCAGCUCGUGAGAAGACAUGUCAGUAAGAGUGACAAUCCAAUCUACCGUAAUGGACUUCUGGUUCUGAUAAAGCAAGCAGAAGGAUCCGCUGCUGAGGUGACAAGUUAUGUCACUGAUAUCUAUUCUUAUACCAGUCUUAGCAAUGAGACUUUCUCAUUGCUCUCUAAAAGUGUUUCAACAGCCCUAAAACACUUUGAUAUUCUACGUGAAGGACUUGACGGUUUGCAGCAUCCACAUCUGCUCAGCCCCCUGCGGGAGGGAGCUCGCCAGUCUGCCGGUACUGUACCAUGUGCAGUGCCCAUUUCAGAACAUGACAGGUCAACUGAAGAUCGUUCUGAUAAAAUAGAAUCUGAGUCUUCAGUGCAAAGUUCAACUAGUGAAGAAAUUCCAUGUCAGGUCAAAGAUGGUUUAGAGAAUCCGGCUGUUCAAACAGUAAUGGAGCAUGAUGUGCCAAACCCUGAAGAAGCAUGGAUUGCGCCUGUCGUGGAUUCUAAAGCUGUCAUACAUCUCCAGAAUAUUGAGUUGUUGCCUCUCUUGUGUGAAGUUGUCUGCAUGACCAAAGGUAAAAAUGUAGAGGCUCUUAACAUGGCUUGCACUGGAGUUCUAGGACUCUCAAAUAGCUAUGCCCAAGCUACAAGAGAAGCCACCAGUGUCAUAGACACAGCUGAUAGUAAGGAAGUGGAAAGUCUGCGGUCCAAACUCGUGUCCUUGACACCCUUGCUUGUCCAGACAGCACAGGAAACAGCCAUGAGUUCAGCCAUGAGUGCAGAUAGCAUUUAUAAACACAGUACGGAAUUCUCUGACCUCAUCAAAAAUGCCCGUAAGAUAUUGCUGCCAGUGGCAGGGAUGUGGUACCAUGCCGUUUACUCCAUGUUCCAAAACUAUGUACCCAAUAUGUUGGAGACCAUCACACAGGAACUCACGGAGGUCAUGUGUUUAUGUGCAGAUGCUGUGCAACUUGUGACGUCUGCGGAUAUAAAGGUGAUGGGAGAGUGUCAUGAGAGUAUAAUGUCUUUGCAGAGCAAGCUCCAAAAAGCUCAAACCAACACCAAGAAUCUCACAGACAUAGCGGGUUCAAGACCAACUCAAACUGAUGAACUUGAUGGUCUCUGCAUGCUUUGGGCCUUGUCUGUCCAAGUAGUGUUGAACUCAUUGGAUAAGAUUGUAGGAACAGCUACAACUGAUGGUAAGGGGCACAUAAUCACACAUCAGAUGACACCCAAAAAAUGGUUGUCAGUAAUAUCUGAGAACUCACUUCGUAUACAAGAAGCUGCAAGACUUUCUUCUUUGAACUGUCGAGAUAGCUAUAAAGUUAAACUGCUAGGAGAACUACAAGACGACGUGAAGACACUUACAGACUCCUACCUACAGGCUGCUGAAGAAGUUGGUACAGUGUCCCUCUCAAGUGUCCUGAUGCUGGCAAAGUCAGAGCUGCUUCAGAGACAGCUUCAGAUUAAAAUGAAAGCACUCUCUUGUCUCCUGAGCAAAGUUAACCAAGAUUAUGUGACGGCCAUUCAAAACACUAUUGCUUUGGCAUGCUCUGUCCAAAGAAAAUAUAGUGACAUGGAAACUGAAGAUACUCUGGUACAGUUUGAAAGUGCUGCCGAACUGCUUAUGCAGAAUGUUAAAAGCGCCUCAGAGUCCAUUCAGGACUGUUUCAAUUUCAUAAGAGACCCAAAGGAAAGGUCCAAUCUGAGAUUCAUUAAUGACCACUUGACAUUUCAAAUGUCAGACAUUGUGAGUAGAGCCAGACUAAUAGCAGAGACACAAACUCUUGGAGACACUCUCACCCUUGAGAUCCAGUCACAGUGCUGGUCAGCAAAGGCACAUUACCUUGUUGAAGAAAUCUGUAAAAUAGAUGGAAUUCUUGCAGUCACAAAGGAACAGAUCAAGUGUAGCUUGCAGGGCAAAGAGUCUAGUAGAUCCGUCAUGUCCCAGACACCAAGUUUCACAAAAAAGGCAACACUACAUCCUCGAUCCACAAAUAAUCAAGGUCCUAGUAAAAGCAAACGAAGUGUCCAAGACGUGUCCAAUCAGGAACCAAAUAAGGAAGAGACAUCCCAGAGAAGCCCAAGAGGUCCGGUGUUCAACUUAGUAGAUACGACCCUCUCUUACACUUCUCUCUUUCUGAAACGGGAAACUGAGAAGUGGGAUGAUCAGGGUAACCAGAUUGUCAAGGUGACAAAAGAAAUGGCAGAUAAACUCUAUCACAUGGCCCAGUACCUAAAGAAGAAAGGGCCAAUCCAGACCAAAGAUGCUUUUGUAACAUCUGCGAAAGAUCUGGUCUCAAGAGGCCAGUCGAUCACCCAGUUUGUGCGUGUCAUAGCAGACCACUGUCUGGACAAGCAUUGUACUGAGGAGCUCUUUGUCAUUGCAGAGCAGAUCCUUACCAUUUCCAACCAACUUACCAUCAUUUCAAGGGGUGCAUGGUGUCUCUCCAGUGUUAAUGCAGUUACUCCUGGGUGCAAAUCAUCAGAUGAGAUUCUGGUGAAGAAUGCACAGAAUCUAGUCCAGACAGUUAUCCAAGGAGUAUGAGCUGCAGAGACUGCCUGCAUCAGGGGUCUGAAACAGCCUGAGCCAAACUCGGACGCAGCAAAGGCAGCAGCGUUCUGUUUCCAGUGGAAAAAGGGUCUCCUUAUACACCGAGCUCAAGAACAGCUUAACCCCGAAACUGAUGAUUUGGGUCUACGUAGGACCUCCCAGCAUUCAGCGGCACCCAGCCUUGCACCAAGCAUCAAUGUGUUAGAUAAUUACAAACGAGUAAACACAAAAUAAAGGAUCUUAAUUUUGCCUGUAACUUUUGGGUAUAUUCUGUUGUUAUUAUGUUGAGAAAGUCAACAGCCUUACGCACCAAACUAAAAAGCAUAAUGCGCACAAUGUGCUUUUAGAAAAAAAAUGCUGAGGCCAUAAAAAUAAACAUUAAAAAGUACACAAAAUGUGAAUAGGGCAAAGCUAAAACAUU